AUGUCAGGCCCAUCACGCAGAGUCAUAGACGCGUCGUACCACCCGCAGGGACAGGGAGGUGGCCCAUCACCCAGUCUUCAACGAGCUAGGAAGCCCUUCCGAUUCGGAAAUGCCAUCAUCGGGACCACUAUCGCCCUUUUUGCAGCUGGGGUGUACACCUACUCCAUCUCCAGCGUCAAGCAGGAUGAUUUCUCCGACGUGGAAGACCUUCUUCCUCCCCUCGCAGAACGCUCUGGCCUCCGAUCAAUAGAAGACGAAGCCCGCGCCGCUACCGCCGCCAAGGAGCAAUCCAAAACCAAGGCGUUCCAAUCCGUCAUCUCUACCCUCCCCUCUCGGCCCGCUGGGGGCGCUUCGGCUCCUUCGACUCGAGCAGAUCUUUCCGACGUUCCCGUCACUGGUUCAUUUGGCGCCCCUCAACCACCUUUGCCAAGCAGCGGAGCGACCCCGCCGGCGGAUAUCUGGGAAGGGGCGGAUAUGGAUGGGCUCAGGAGUGGAUCGAGGGGAUUGGGAGGGUACUUGCCCCUCCCUAAGCGGCUGGACGAUAUGCGCUGGGUGAGGGAGAGGGGGCUGGUGGAGCUGGGCAAGGGGAACGUUAUUGUGUGGGGAGCGCCGAAUGUGGAGAAGCUGGGCAGGGUGGGGGACGGUGGGAUCACGAGGAAUAGGGGCGGGAGGUUGGUGUAG